AUGCCGACAGACAUGAAGCUGCUGAAAAUUCUGUCUCCAACGAAGACUUCACUCGAAGCUUCGUCCGUCAUCUUUCAACGAGGAAGCAAACCAUACUUCACUCCCGGACACACAUUCUCCAAACUUCUACAUCGACCGAUCGCCCCAACAUUUCUUGAAGCCAUGCAUUUCACAGAUGUGAUUGGGCUCGUCGCAGCUACCAUGGGCACGUUGACUUGUGCUGUCCCGGUCAGCAGCGUCGAGGACAUUGCUGCACCUGCUCAAGUCGGGAAGCGAACCAUCAUUUGGAACAACGACUUUGCCGCUGCUCUUACCGACGCGAAAAGAGACGGAGUCUACAAACGGGGCGGAGAUGGCAACACUCUGUGGAUCAAAGAGGAUGAUGAGAAGGAGGAGGAGGACCCUUUCGCCGAUGCUCUUGCCGAAGCAGAAGGAGAAGGCGUCCGCAAGCGGGGUGGAGAUGGCAACACUCUGUGGAUCAAAGAGGAUGACGAGAAGGAGGAGGAGGACCCCUUCGCCGAUGCUCUUGCCGAAGCAGAAGGAGAAGGCGUCCACAAGCGGGGUGGAGAUGGCAACACUCUGUGGAUCAAAGAGGACGACGAGAAGGAGGAGAAGGACCCCUUCGCCGAUGCUCUUGCUGAAGCCGAAAAAGCCGACAAGUAG